AUGACACGACCAUCCAUCGUCCGUGCCGAUACUAUCGACCUCCAAGAUCAUCACGCUCCGUCCGCUCAAGAUCACUCCAAAAGCCCACGUUUGGCCGCUGGUGCCAACUCCCUGGGCCCCCACCAAGCUGAGACUAUUCGCGAGAUCUCACACGACAUCGCAGACGAACAGAGCCGCUCCCCUCGGGUCUCUCUCGAUAAUCGUAAUAGCCUCGACGAAAUUGAUUCUUUUGCCGACGAGCUUGCCGCAGACUCCUCAGGCUCGAAGACUCGCGCUCAAGGCGCUCGCGACAACAACGGUAGCACAAUGAUUCAGGACGAUGCAUUGGCAGUUGCGCAGAAUGGCGGCAUGUCGUCAUCAGACGAAGGCGAGCUCGACGGCGACGAUGACCUGGAUGACGACAUGAUGGACAAGAUCUCAAGUUCGCCUUCGAUUGAAGAUGGUAGGUGUAAUUCCGUUGCCCCUGGGGCAUGGCCACGCCGUGUCUCGUCCCUUCCCUUUUCCUUUGGGAGUAGUUCUCCAUUCAUUUCUGGUUCAAGCUGCGCCAGAGUUUGUUCGCCAUAUCCCGAACCUCUCAAACGCAUUCACAAACCCAACGCAAUGGUGCCGCUAUCCCGAGCAUCGCCAGCGCUACCAACACCAGGUCAGAACCAUCGUCUUCAGGGUGAGUAUACCGAUCGCGACGAAAACGACAAUCACGGCGACGCCGAAUCCCACGAAGAAAAUACCUGCGAUACUUCCAACUCAACAGCUGAGUUUCACGAUUACGAGGAGGAGACCAAGAUUGAGCAGCAGAAUAUCACAAAUCAAGGGGAGUGCCCUUCUUCUGAAAGGUCGAGUUCUCGAGGUACCGUGAUUCAUUGUAAGGACCAGGAUAUAUUCUACGAUUGCGACCCAACGCUAGAGCUUUCCGAUUCGAUCAACAACGACGAAAACGACGAUGCGAGCGACGACUGUGAUCCAAACCUUACUGUUCCUUACGAGGAAUCUUUUGAAGACGAUGACUCUGCACUCUCCUUUCCCGACGACUCUAACUUCGUUGAUUCCGGCUGGGCGGUCGAGUGCUUACAAGAUACAGAGGACAUUGAUUUCGAAUUCGUUUACGCGUUCCACACAUUUGUGGCUACAGUUGAGGGACAGGCAAACGCAACCAAAGGUGAUACCAUGGUUCUGUUGGAUGAUAGUAAUAGUUACUGGUGGCUGGUGAGGGUUGUCAAAGAUAGUAGUAUUGGAUAUUUACCCGCAGAGCACAUCGAGACCCCAACAGAACGACUUGCUCGUUUGAACAAACACAGAAACGUCGACCUUUCUGCUGCUAUGUUGGGAGACACGGCGGAGAAGAAGGCACAAACUUUCAAAUCACCCAUUAGAUUCGGGCGUAAGACAGUUACCUUCACCUCGCCGACCUAUCACGACUACACCGAAAUCGACGACUAUUCAAGUGACGAAGAAGAUAUAGAUAACUUGUUUGCCGGUUCAACCGCCAGCGCCAAACAAGACCAGCAGCAAAAAGAUCAAAAGAAGGAAACCCGAGAUCCCACUAUAUCAAUUGUCGAAGACGAUUCAUCAGAGGAGAGCGCCAGGGUUGAGCCCCUUAAGCCUCGUUCGACAAAGGAUAAGACCGCGGAAUCUUCAAAGGUUGACACCGUUGAAGAAGAGGAUGAGGGCAGGGACAGCGAGGAGAUGCUAUUUGACAGCAAGGCCGAAGGACCUAGUCGAUCCCGCAAUGGUACUGUCAGAAACACCGACUCUUUCUUUAGAGACGAAACUGUCGAAACCAAGAAGAUCACUCUUACUCCCAAUCUGUUACGAGACGACAACCCAUCUCGGGCAUCUCAAGAUUCGACGAAGGAUAUGAAAUCUAGGGCAAGCCUUGAUAAGCUGGACAAGGAGCUUAUGUCUGACAAGGAGAAGAAGAAGAUCCAAGACAAGGGCCGGAAAGAGAAGGAUAAGAAACCGAGUGCUAUCCGAAGUUUCUUUUCCAGAAAAGACAGAAAGAAGUCGGUGGACGAAGAUGAUGAAUCAUUUGGAAAACGAUCGAUGGAUAUCGGUUCAGAGCCUCGGGACAGCGAAUCGAUCGAGGAAGUUGCAUCGCCUGAGAGACAACAACAACGAAGUACCAGCAGGCUCCAGAAGCAAGUACCCCGGAAUGAAACCUCACCUGGAAAGAGCGAGCAGUCAUCGACGAUGGAGUUGGCAGCUUACCUGGCUGAGUCUCGGGUUAACGACGUGUCCAACGUACCACCAGCAUCAAUGCGGAUUGUGAACCCCGAGACAAUGGAAACCCACGAAGUGCCUUCGAAUACUCAUGUCACAGGCAACGGCUCUAGAGUGAGGGCCUCCUCAGCCACUGCCCAACAUGAUGACACGAGAGCAUUGGCGAAGGCACUUGGUCGCAGCUCAAGCACAGGAGACGAACCCAGGACAACCAAGACAACCAAGCCUCGCCCUCUGAUGGACGUGGAUGAACUAUCCAGUUCUGAUGACGAGAGCGUGUCUCAACCAACGUCUCGAACAACACCUGAGCAGAGCGUUGAGAAGAAAACCGAGGGUGGUUUGCGGCCACAACUCCCCGGAGCAUUCCCUGACAGUUUUGACGCAAGUGUCAAGCCAAUUCCUACCAAUGCAGAACCCAGAGAACAGCAGAGUCGCCUAUCAGAAUCACCAGUACACGUCUCUCAUGUUGAUGGAACACGCCCACCCGCGUUGGAGAUCGAUACGUCCUCCCAAGAGGGUCGAUCGUCGUCUGAAGUGCCAUCGCCGGAGCUUGGACCUAGAGAUGAAACAUCCAAAGACAGCAGCCCAACAAGAAGCGCCAAGGAGCCUGGCUGGGACGACGAGAAGCUGCGCGCCUUCUUUGACGACGGCGAGCAUGUCCGAGAUCUUCUCAUGGUCGUUUAUGAUAAGUCGGACGUUGAACCUGUGGGCAAAGACCACCCGGUAGUGAGUGGCAUGUUCAGGGAGCAAAACGCAAAGCUAGCGGAGAUUACUACUCAACUCGACAAUAUGCUCGGAGACUGGUUGGCUAGAAAGCAACGAGCUCGGGGAUCGCUAUAG